AUGGCUUCCUCUCUCCUCCGGCCCUCUUCAUCACCAUUGCCAACAGUCUGCAUUCUUCUUCUUCUCCUUCUAGUAUCGCCGCCACUCUCAGAGUCCUCUUCUUCUCCCUCCGUCCUCCCAAGCUCCCUCUCCGCCAAGAAACUCUGCAACUCCACCCCCCACCCCGAAACCUGCCUCAAAUCCCUCAACCUCUUCGUUGACAUCAACAUCAGCCCCUCCAUCCUCACUUUCCUCCUCCAGACCCUGAAAUCCGCCCUCUCUGAGGCCUCAGACCUCGCCAGAAUCCUCGGCUCCGCCGGCGCCGGUGUCGUCGAGAACCAGCGGGCCACCCUCCAAGACUGCUGGGAGCUCCACCAGAUCAGCCUCUCCUGCCUCAGAAAGUCCUCCUCCUUCGUCCUCUCCGGCAAGAAGCUCUCCGAUGUCCGCACAUUUCUCAGCGCCGCCCUCACCAACCGCGCCACCUGCCUCGAGGGCCUCGCCGCUGCCUCCGGCCCCGCAAAGGAGACCGUAGCCGGCGCGGUGGCGGAGGCCUACAAGUCCGUCAGCAACGCCCUCUCCAUCCUCUCCAAUGUGGCACCGCCGCCGGGGGGCCGCCGACGGGGGCGACGGCACCCGCCGGGGUCCAUAUCUGGUAGCAGCCAAUUCCCCGCUUGGCUAUCACGGCGCGACCGGCGGCUGCUACAGAGCACCGACGAAGGUAGUAAUCUCAGAACCGUAGAAUCAUCUUCCCGAUCGAUUGGUAGAUUUUAAUGGUGAAAGAUGGUUUUACAGGAAAUGGGUACGAUCCGAGAUCAGUGCUCACGGUGGCGCAGGACGGCUCCGGCAACUUCACGACUAUCGGCGACGCCGUCGCCGCCGUCCCGAACAACAGCGGCGACCGCACCGUCAUCAUCGUGCGGGCUGGCGUGUACAACGAGAACGUGGAGAUCCCCAGCUACAAGACGAACGUCGUCUUCCUCGGCGACGGCAGCAACGCCACCGUGAUCCGCGGCUCCCGCAGCGUCGGCGGCGGCUGGACUACCUUCCGCUCCGCCACCCUCGGUCAGUAAAAAAGCAGCCCUCUCUCUCUCUCUCUCUCUCUCUCUCUCUCUAGGGGGCCUAGAGAGAUAAAUGACGAGUGGGUGUGGAGCAGCGGUGGCGGGGGAGGGGUUCCUAGCGAGGGACAUCGCGGUGGAGAACGCGGCGGGGCCGGAGAACGCGCAGGCGGUGGCGCUGCGUGUGAACGCGGACCUCUCCGCCUUCUACCUGUGCAGCUUCAGCGGCUACCAGGACACCCUCUAUGUGCACUCCUUUCGGCAGUUCUACAGGGAAUGCGCCAUCUCUGGCACCGUCGACUUUAUCUUCGGCAACGCCGCCGUCGUCUUCCAGGGCUGUGCCAUCCAACCCAGGAGGCCGCUCCCGGGCCAGUUCAACGCCAUCACUGCCCAGGGAAGGGACGACCCGAACGAGAACACGGGGAUUUCGAUACAGAACUGCACCGUCGUCGCCGCCGGGGACUUCGCUGGCAGCGCCACCAGGACGUACCUGGGGAGGCCGUGGAGGGAGUACUCGAGGACGGUGUUCAUGGAGACGUAUAUGGACAGCGUGGUGGAUCCGGCUGGGUGGAGGGAGUGGAACGCCACUAGAAAGGGGUUGGAGACGGUGUAUUACGGGGAGUACAGGAACAGAGGGGAAGGGGCGAGGACGGAGAAGAGGGUGGAUUGGGCGGGGCACCACCUGAUGGAGUACGACGACGCCGUCGAGUUCACCGUCGAGGCGCUCAUCUCCGGCGACGGUUGGCUCGAGUCUACUUCCUUCCCCUACGAUUAUCCCGUCUGA